AUGAAUAUUAGAAAGUGGCGUGAUUGUCUGCGCCCGGGGGAGGAACGUUUGCCCAUGCAUGCGGCUGUAGUCACAAGUGUGGGACUUCUCGUGGAUGCCGUUAUUGUGGAGCGGUGCAUUGAUGAAAAUGAGUUGUUGUGCGACACGGCCAGUUCCCGCUCGCAGGGUGCGGUUGGCCGGAGUCCGCCAACGUCCGCCUCACAAGUGACCUCCAGCUUUCAGUCACCACGACGUUUCUCUGCCAUCUCUGUCAUGAGUGGUCUUCUGCCUCCAGCGUCUGAGAGCAGCGGCAAUUCGUAUGCGUUGCUUGAGUCUGUACUCAACGACAAUGUGUACUACGAAUGCCACGCCACGAAGAGGCCUCUGCAGCAGCAAUACUUUCACCUGUUUGACGUGUUACCGUUUGGCAUCGAGAGUCCUUCCUCGGUCUUUGGUGUAACUGGACGACACACGAAUCGGGGUCUGGUUGUUGGCGUCAAUUCUAGUGGACUGUUUGUAGUGCGUCCAUACGCAACCGGUGCACCGCUACAACUUGUCCCAGAAGGUGCCGAUCGCAAGAGCGUUCGUAAGGAGGUUGUCGAUGCGGUUACCAGACUGAGCUCCUCCGUAUCCGUCACGGAAGGUACAAAGGAGUUUAUGGAGACUGUGAAGCGUUGGUCGGAAAAAUGUAAAAAGGCAACCGUCCGCGAUGGCAAGAAGGAUUCAUUCCGUCAGGGUCGUGUGGACUCAGACGAAAAUGCUAGUGAGAGCGGAAGUGAGGGCAAUGAUGAUGUACAUAAAGGCAUGGAAUUGUGGUCUCUGAAGGACUUGCAACUGCCACCACAAUUAGCUUUGCAUGAUCCCAUUCCCCCACUUCGCGUUGGUUCACGAGUAUUAGCACGACGUUUUUGCUUGGACGGGUCGCUGUGCGUUGCCCGCGUUCUUGCCGUGCAUUACGAUGUAACAUACACCUUGGAGUAUGAAGGUGAUGGGGGUAUUGAUGAACGUGUGCUUCAUAAUGAUAUUCAUCUCCUAGAUGACUCGGAGGCAGAGCACUGCAGCGUUCGGGAUAAGGUGACCGUCGCACUGCAUAAGCAGCUGCCAGCUGUCAUUAUUGAGUGUCUUGGUGGAGAGGAGUAUAGUGUUAUUUUGGAACACGCCCCGAAUCAAUCCCUCACCAUCACACGGCGGCAUAUUGUGUUUAUUGCCCCUUUGUUAAAGGAGGCUCUCUACGCAGACCCUCUUAUCCUACAGUGGUUCCGGGAACUUGACCCCACAUCUUCGGGUCUUGUGCCGUGGAAAGAAGUUCGAUAUCUGAUUUUUAGCUGGGAUUCGUAUGGGCAGACCUUGUCCUUUCAGAAGCUUGGCGAGGUGCAGCGAGAUUUAUGUAUUCAAGUUGGCCGUAUGGAGCCACAACUGCUGCGCAAAGUACCUAUUCAAGAGGAGGAUAUGCUGUUAAACUAUGCUGAGUUUGAGUAUGUCAUACUUCGUGUAAGAAAUCUGUUAUGA